AUGUCGACCUCCGUUGACGUUGGCUCGUCCGGUGACGAGCACCGGGCAUCGGCGACGCCGGUGCCGUACAUGCUAUCCUUUACGGACCUGUGCUACAGCGUCAGGGAAGGCCGCGGCAGCAAUCGCCGGGCAAGCACAGAGUCGAGGUCCACCCGUACUAAGGCGCUUCUAUCGGGAAUCUCCGGCGUGGCGCGCGAGGGCGAGCUAUUCGCGGUGAUGGGCGCAAGCGGGUCCGGCAAGUCCACGCUGCUCGACGCCCUCGCUGGCCGCAUCGCCAGCGACAGCCUCUCCGGCGCCAUCACACUCAAUGGUGAGCCACUCCACGGUCGCCGCAUCCGCUCCAUCUCCGCCUACGUUAUGCAGGACGACCUGCUGCACCCGAUGCUCACCGUACGCGAGACGCUGCUUUUCGCCGCCGAGCUCCGCCUCUCCCGCUCGCUCGCCCCUGCCAGGAAACGGGAGCGCGUCGACGCGCUCCUCGACCAGCUCGGCCUUUCCGACGCCGCCGACACAAUGAUCGGCGACGAAUCCCACCGCGGAGUGUCGGGAGGCGAGCGGCGGCGCGUCUCCAUCGGCACGGACAUCGUCCACGACCCCAUUCUACUCUUCCUCGACGAGCCCACCUCCGGCCUCGACUCCUCUAGCGCCCUCAUGGUGGUGCACGUGCUCCGCAACAUCGCGCUCAGCGGCAGCGUCGUCGUCUUGACCAUCCAUCAGCCCAGCGCGCGCAUCCUCGGCAUCCUCGGCCAGCUUCUCUUUCUAUCCCGAGGGCGCACCGUCUACACCGGCACACCCGCCGGCCUCAAGCCCUUCUUUUCCGAGUUAGCCGUCACUCCCGGCCCAGACAACGAGAACCCGGCCGAGUUCGCGCUCGACACCAUCCGAGACCUCGAGCGCCAGCCCGAUGGAGGCGUGCCGCUCACCAAGUUCAAUGACAAGUGGCAGCUGGCCGCCAACGGCGAUAACAGGAAGGUUAGCACGAUGCCGCUGGAGCUCGCCGUGGCAGAGAGCGUCUCCCGAGGGAAGCUGAUGGCCGGGAGUCUCACGGGAAUGCGGUCGUCGUCCGUGCCAACGUUCGUGAACCCGCUAGCGACAGAGGUGUGGGUGCUGGCCAAACGGUCCUUCACCAACACGUGGCGCAUGCCGGAGCUGUUCGGGACGCGCCUCGGCACGGUGGCGGUGACGGGUGUCGUACUGGCCACCAUCUUCUUGCGGCUGGACGACACGCCCAAGGGCGUCCAGGAGCGUCUCGGCUUCUUGGCCAUGGCCAUGACCACCAUGUUGUACGUCUGCGGCGACGCGCUGCCAGUCUUCAUCCAGGAGCGCCACAUCUUCCUCCGCGAGACGGCGCACAACGCCUACCGCCGGAUCUCCUACGUCCUCGCCAACACCGUCGUUUCGUUCCCACCACUUGUCAUCUUGUCCCUGGUGUUCGCGGUCACCACCUUCUUCGCCGUCGGCCUCGACGGAGGUGGUGCGUCCUUCGCCUUCUUCACGCUGGUCGUGCUGGCCACACUCUGGGCGGGCACUGGCUUUGUGCUGUUCCUGUCGGCGGUGGUGCCGCACGUGAUGCUGGCGUAUACGUUGGUGGCGGCCAUUCUCGCCUACUUCCUCGUCUUCUCCGGCUUCUUCAUUAACCGGGACAGGAUCCCGAGCUACUGGUUAUGGUUCCACUACGUGUCACUCGUCAAGUACCCGUACCAAGCGGCUGUGCAGAGCGAGUUCAGCGACGCCACCAAGUGCUUUACAAGGGGAAUUCAGGUAUUCGACGGCACGCCCAUCGGAGGCAUGUCGGAGGCCAUCAAGAUGAAGGUGCUCGACGCAAUCAGCACCGCGCUCGGGGCCAACAUCACUGCCAGCACGUGCAUCGUCACCGGAGCUGACGUGCUCGCUGAGCACGCCGUCAACGACGUAGGGAAGUGGACUUGCCUCACAGUUAUUGCGCUAUUUGGUUUCUUCUUCCGCACUCUGUUCUAUGUUGUCUUGCUCGUCGGGAGCAAUAACAAACGGAAAUGA